AUGGAUGAUGUAUCACCUUUUGAUUAUCUUUCGUUUAUUUCAACAAUUAUUAUUUGUUUAACAUUUUCCAUCGUUUAUGUACUGGGUUUGUAUGUUUUAUCGCCAUCAUCACAUCGAUAUCAACGCAAUCAUCCCAAUGUGAUUUGUCGAAGAUUUUUUGCCGUUUUAAUUGUUUGCUCAUUAGUUUAUUUAUUUUUAAAACAUACAUCUAAUCCAAACAUCAAUAUUAAUACAUGGCUAGGGUUUCGAAGAAAUAUUGAGUCGAAAUGGAAAUUAUUUUUCUAUCCAACUCUAUUAACAUUACUUUUGUAUUUGGGCCCUAUUAUUCAAUGGAUAGAUUUAUUUGAGUGGAGAUAUUAUAGGCAUAAUUGGAAACAUAUUCUACCAUUUCAAGACACCCAUGAACAACUUAUAUUUAUUCGAAAUUAUAUUGUCGCACCAUUUACAGAAGAGUUUGUCUUCCGUUCAUCAAUUCUAUGUUUACUUUAUUCUCAUGUAUCAUUAUUUUCUGCCAUAUUUUAUUCUCCAUUAUUUUUUGGUCUCGCUCAUUUUCAUCAUAUGCUUGAACAUUUCAAACAAAAUCAUAAUGAAAGAGGCCAUCGAUUAUCAGCAAUAAAUAUUAUACUUAUACACCUUUUUCAAUUUUCCUACACAUAUAUAUUCGGUGUUUAUUCAUCGUUUCUGUUUAUUCGUACGGGUCAUUUUAUACCAUCGUUCAUUAUACAUACAUUAUGUAAUAGUCUUGGUAUACCUGAUUUUAUGAAUCUGGUCGAUUUGAACGAUGGACACAGACAACGAAAAAUCAUUUACAUGAUUUGUUAUAUCAUUGGUUUAUGGUUAUUUUCAACAAAUUUAUACGCAUUUACUCAAUCAAAUUUUUAUUAUUCAAAUGAUAGUAGCAUUAUUAUUUAUCGACAUUGGUUUAGUUAA